AUGCUACCUGCUCAGGUUGCAAGCGCACUGAGCGCUCAAUGGCCCUGUCGUGAGGCCCAGAGCCGGCAGCUAGCCAGCCUUCUCAGUGUUAGUCGGAGAAUCAUCAUGGUGCAAUCACCAUAUAAAGAAACUGACCCAACCUCUGAACAGCAUUACACCCCGAGCCAACCUGCAUUGGUCGUAAGCGGUAUUUCGGCGACCUGCAAAUCCACCAUUCUCCGUGCUGUCCUAUCCGCCACCAAGGUACCGCAUACAUUUGUCCGCAGCUCCGAAUGCAUUACAGGUCGACAUCUCCUGACCAAGAUCCUAUGGAACACCCUUGAAGCGAUCGGUCAGAAAGAAGAAUGGGAGAAGGCUGGUAAAGGACGAUGCGAGCAUAUCAGUGGCCUGUCCGUUCUCCUGGAAGAGGCCCUGCAAGCGCAAUCCAAUAGAAAGGGCCACAAAUUCGUUCUGGUCCUGGACGAAAUCGAUAGACAGAGGGAGGCGUCACCUACACUCUUGUCGGCGCUGGCACGACUAGGCGAAAUCAUUCCAUCUCUCACUGUGGUGAUGGUACUGAGUUCAACGCCUCGGCCUCUGUUCCUCCAAAGUGCGGGAGUUCCACACAUCAAUUUCCCCCCUUACACGCGACGAGAAGCCAUCGAGAUCAUUCUCAGUUCGAAUCCCCCAACCAUCGAUGGAUUGGCCGAUGAAACCGUGGCGCAGAUUUACCCAUACUUUGUCUCUACUGUUUUUGACUCGUUAGUUGGACCAACUGCGGGAUCUAUCCCGAAUUUCCGCUCCAUUGUCGAGAGACUAUGGCCUCAGUUCAUUGCACCAGUCCUCAAUGAGGAGCCCGCGCCAGGUGAGACAGGCGAAUGGGACUUUUCCCGCCUGCUCGUCAAAAACAGGUCGAUUUUCAGACAUCAGGGCGAGUCUGCGCUUGUCCACCGUAUCGUCCCAGAUGAAGCGACGUCUAGCAUCACCAGGGCCCCAUUGGCAAAGACGGCCUUGCCCUCGGCACUUCCUUCCCUGCCAUACUUCUCAACUUUGAUUCUCACAUCCGCAUACCUGGCUUCACACACCCCGCAGCGGCUGGAUACGAUUUUCUUCUCAAAGUUUUCGUCAUCUUCUCUUUCAGCGCGUAACAAGCGAGCACAUCACCGCCGUCGUUUGAAGGUUCUCUCCCAGGCACAGGCCGAAGAGAGACAAGCAGCAAAUGAUGACCCAUCAACCCGGCGGAGAGGCAAAGGCAAGCGAACCAAGACCCGUAUUACAAAGUCCACCCUUUCCUCUGCUUUUGCUACAUCCUCUGCUACUACAUCGGCUGUCGGAGGUGGCGGAGGCAUAACGGGUCCUUCAACCAUUCUAACAGCCCGCUCAUUCCCACUCGAGCGUCUUCUGGCGAUCUACCAUGCCAUUGACCCUAAUCCACCUGCGACUGCAGUCCGUGUUGCCGCCGUUGCGGAUCGAAUCUAUGCUGAAUUGGCGACCCUGCGUCGCCUGCGUCUUGUUGUUCCGGCUGCAAGUCAUAAUGGAAUGGCCAGUAGCAGUGGAAACACCAGUGCCGAUGCAGGAGACAAGUGGUGCGUCAAUGUUUCAGGCGAUUGGGUUGGAGAAUUAGCCAAGGGCAUUGGAGUCGAAGUUGGUGAAUGGUUGGCUGGUGGCUUGGAUUAG